AGUCUAUAUACUCCAGUCCACUGCUCAACUGCCAAAACUUCUGCUUCAAGUUCAACCUAGUUGACAUCGUCAUUUUCCCCCAAAAUUUUCAUCCUCCCUCUUCUUCCCAUCGCCGCCGCACCACCAUGUACAAACCGAAUAUUCCGGUGAUAUCCCUACUAAUUUUGUCCUUCGCGGCGGUUUUACUCCGAUCACAGUCUAUAUAUCCAUCGAGGUACGACGGAUUCGUGUAUAAGAAACGCGCGGCGUCGACGGACACCGUCCUGAUUGAGGCCUUCUACGAUCCAGUUUGCCCCGAUAGCAGAGAUUCGUGGGCUCCACUCAAACAAGCCGUCGAUCAUUACGGCCCCACCGUCGUCUCUCUCAUCGUUCACACUUUCCCUUUACCAUACCACGAUAAUGCUUUCAUUACUUCUAGAGUGUUGCAUAUUGUCAACGACUUAAAUUCUUCGGCUACAUACCCUCUGUUGGAGGCAUUCUUUAAGUAUCAGAACCAAUUUUACAAUGCAAAAACUAAUAACAUAUCUCGAGCAGCUGCUCUCGAUAAAGUUAUAGGAUUUGCAUCAAGAACACUUGGAAACUCCAUCCAAUCUGCCAUUAGGUCAGGAUUCAGUGACACAAAAACCAGUACCAAAACAAGGGUUUCAUUCAAGUAUGGAUGUAUGAGAGGGGUGUAUGGCACGCCAUUCUUUUUUGUUAAUGGGUUUUUGGUACCCGUUACUGAUGAUGAUAUGAUCGACUAUAAUGGAUGGAGAAAAAUCAUUGAUCCACUAACUACCAAACAAGGGAAGAAUGAGUAUCCUUUGACAAUCUUCUGAUUUGGGGAGUUUUUUACUUUCCUUUUAUGUGUUUUUCGUUUGUAACAAUGUUCAUAUGUGGGAUUUCGGGAGUUGUUAUAUAUUUUGAAUAAAACAUGAAUAAUGUAUGAACGUUUCAAAUCGAAAGGAAUGUAAUUUGUGAAUUUUAUCAAUAA